AUGUUGGUCAUACGGAAGUUUGGAUUCAUAGAGGGUAAGGGAGUUCUCAGGUUUCGAUUACGUCAAGUGAGAAAUAUUCAUGGUACUGGAAGUUUAUUGAAAGACAAGAAUGAAGAAUCCAAAUCAAGCGAAGAGCAGAAGAUAAGUCCGGUGGACCUUUCAAGUGCUUUGAAACACACUUCAAAACUUAGAGUGACAAACCAGGAAUUGGCCACGUUAGACCAAGAGAUAGAUCUUUCUCGAACCAAGAAAAUUUCUAAAAAAUAUACUCAAGACAUCAAUAGGAACGUACUUUCUCCAGAAGUUCAGAAUGCAAUCAAGACACAGAAUACACCUGCUCCUCCACCAACAAGGAACUUAAGAUCUAAGACAAAUUCCAAGCUAUUGGUAGGCUUUUCUGGUAAACCUCAGCCGAAAGCGCCUCCAAAAAGAAAUACAUUAAGCAAGCAUACACCAUACCCGAAGUCAUCAAGAAGCACCAAACCACAUAGGGCACCGCCGUUAACUAAAGAGGCGAUAGAAAUAGUCAGUGAGACGAUUUCUGUAGAUGAAGAUGUCAAGCAGGUGCAACAACUCGAUAAAUCAAAAAUUGCCAGAUUGGCUCACAAAUUAGACAGAACCUUGUUUUCACCUGGAGUACAUUUUCUACAAGAUCCGAGAACUAGAAUAUAUAAUUUCACGCCAUAUUUAAAGAAAAUAAUAAAGGUUGACGAGUUCAACUUUGAUUCAAUCGAGACUUUUGUUAGCGUAUCUAAAGAUCAAUCGUUAUUGAAAGUUGCCGAGCAAGAGAAUAAGAAGUUUUACUCGUCUACGUCGUCCAUGACAUCCGCAUUGAUGCAAUUUUACCUCCUAUUGAAUAACUAUAUGCCAAAUACCGAAGAAAGAUUCCCGUUCCCCAAAUUUUCCGGUGCUAUAGAGAGGGUAGCAAGCAGUGUAAUUGUGCAACCAAAAGGAAAAAACUCCAAGACAGAUGAUAUUAUAUAUGCUGUGGAGUCAGAUAAGUCAGCAGAUACAGAGAUUCUUUUAUCUGUAAUGGGUCACUGCUUAGAGGCAUUAUUAACUACCGAAGAAAAGGAAUUCGAAAGAUAUACCCUCAAUUAUAAGAACCAGGAAAUACUAGACAUUCAGCAUAAGAAGCAAAUGGAGGAUGAAGAUGAUAAACCACAAAACACGUAUAAUUAUGCAUCAUAUGGAGAUUUCUUGAUGAGGUCUCAAUUAGAUUGUUAUGACGAGAGACUUCCAGGAAACGGAACGUUUGAUUUGAAAACUCGAGCAGUCUGUGCUAUCAGGUAUGAUAGCGGAAACCCGGAACUAGAAAACAAUACAUAUCAAAUCUGGAAGUUGAAUGGUAAUCUUGAGUCGUUUGAAAGAGAAUACACUGAUUUAAUUAGAACAGGAGCAUUACUCAAAUAUAGUUUCCAAGCCAGAAUUGGACAAAUGGAUGGUAUUUUCGUUGCAUAUCACAAUAUUAACUCUUUCUUCGGAUUUCAGUACUUGCCUUUAAGCGAAAUUGAUAAUACGUUUUACAACCACAGCAGGAACGAAAUAACGAAGCAUAUAGGCGCCACAAGCUUAGAAGACAUAGAUGACGACUUACCAUCAUAUGUUGCUGAUACCCAGUUCAAAAUGUCAUUAGAAAUAUGGGAAAAGUUAUUGAAAGAAAUCAUCAAUGAUAUUAACCAGGUAGAACAAUUCGAAGAUACCGCAUUCAGGCUACUUUUGAAGUCAUCGAGAAUACCCGGGUCCUCUAAACAGAGAAUGCAUGUUAUGGCCGUGCCAUUGGAUAAAGAACAGGUUCAUACGCUUCAGAAGUUCCCCUCUACGUUUAAAACAGGUUUCAAAGAAGAUAUUUCACCCGAAGAAAGGCUUCAAAACCUCACUAGACAUCGCGACGAAUUAAAUGAUUUCAACAAAAAGACUACAAAGUCAGACUUAGGCGUGCUAUCCUACUGUAUUGAUGUUGACCACUAUUUUGGCAAUUCCAAAUCUCCUGUCAAGGACUUACACGCAUAUCCUAGAUCAAAAGACCAACCAUGGAAACUCAAAUACUCCAUAAAAAAAUUACCCAACAACCCUAAACCAUAUUUAGAUCUACUUGCCACAACUACAGACAUGCUAACUUCAAGCCACAAGAAAAAUCUAGAAUCAACUCAUAAUGAUGAUUACGAAUUUUCCUUGAAUAAUAAUGACGCAGCACAAUCUUCCGAUCGCAAAAAAGUCACUGAUAAGGCAAACGUGUUGAAAGUAUACUCUGCUAUCGGAAAGGCCAGGGCUGAGAAAUGGGAGGAGAAGGAUUCCAAUCCUGUUAUGUAUAAACCCAACCCAUAG